CACAAAAUGGCCACCGAGUGGAAAAUCGACUUCGCACAACCAAACAGCCGCUUAAAUACAGACUACCGCUCCAAUGUUCCUUUCGGAUGGAGCUGUAACUGGCAAUUUCUCUGGUCGCCACCACUUAUAUCCUUGCAUCAACGGGCGUAUCAUGUCCAACCCCACGCUGGAAGGAUUAUAUGACAUUCAUGGCGAAAUAUUCUUCGUCACGCACAAGAUCAGGACCGAUAUAGCCGUCACCCAAUAUUACAUAUUCAACCUCGAUACGUGCAAGCUCAUCAGAUUCAAGGACAACUUCCCAACGCUUGAGGCGUUCAUGGAACGAGUCUCACACUGGACUGGAGGAGACGCGCAGAUCAAGUCAGUGACUCCAUUUGAGCUUAUGGAUAUCAACCCGGGGCCAAGAGAAGUCGUAGUCUUGAAAGAUGAAUGGAACGCGGUGUAUCGUGACAUGUUCAUGCGGGGACUUGCGUCCUUAUCGUAGGUGUAGACUACCAUUGUAAUUUUUGACACUGGUAAUCUGCAAUGUAUUGUGC